UUUAAUUUUUUUAGGCGAAACCAAUAAUUCCAAUCUUGCACAUAGAGGGCGACACAACUUUAACAUUAACUAAUACUAGGCAGUGAAUGCAAAUGGGGCAAUGACUUGAUUCAUACAAACAAAAUCCAAGAAAUUUCGAUGGAGUCAAGACGAGAAGGAUCGAAUAAUCCUUCAGCCUAUAGUGAUGACACCGCAGGGCUGCAGGGCGACGUUUCACGACACGCUGCUAUGGACCUCCCCCAGCAGCAGCAAGCCAAGCUCCUGGAAGAACAGGAAGAGAGAGAGUUAUGGUGCGCCAUCUGCCUGUCAGUUCUGCGCCAGCCUCGCCAGCUGCCGUGCAAACACGCCUUCUGCCUUCACUGCCUCGAGAAGAUGCUGCCUAAACGAGGGGCUGUGGUGCGAUGCCCCAGUUGCCGGAGGUGUGCCGCCGUACCGAGCGAGGGACCCUGCGGGCUUGCGGUUGACCCCGCCCUGCUGGCCCGCGUCGCUGAGGUCAGGGAGAGGAGGCGGCAGAAGGCGAGGCAGAAGAAAAGCAAGACGUGCAGCAGCUGCGCAGAGGUGCAGCUGUGCCUGCAGUGUCCGCACUGCGGUGCACAGCUCUGCCGCGGCUGCACAGCAAGGCAUUCCGAAGCACUGCAGCAGCAAGUUCGCAGCAUCACUAAAACGCUGGAAAAAUUCAAGAUGAAACUGCAGCAAGAGAAUCAGGGUGACAGGACGAGGGGUCGCGUCAAGGGUCACCAGUCGCUGGCAGGAGACGAAGAGGAGAUGCGGAGGUGCCGUGGCACGAAGAGGGUUCUUAUGACCCUCAAGCGAGCCCUCGCCUCCUCCAAGACUAUGGCUGAAGAACCUCCUGCUAACCUCCCUGCUUAUGACGUUCCAGCCGGCAUGUCUGCAGGGUUUAAGCAGCUACACAGCCUGAAUCUUCAGCUGAUGUUCCUCUUGAAGCUGACGAGUACGUUGGAGUCUCACCUCAUGAGCUGCAACGUCGUGGAUAUACAGCGAACUAAGGCCAGACAAAGCGCAGGCCUUGAAAUUGACGAUAAGGCUGAUGAAAAUAUGAGGGUGAGGGAAGAGUUUCUGAUUGAUCUAAGAUCUGAUGAACAUCGCUCUGAAGACAGUCGAAGAUCCCUACAGCGUGACCAUAAGUCGUUAAUAUCAGGAUUCCAAAACUUGCGCUUGGAAAAUGAGCCAGUUUUUGAAAGAAGUAGUCGAUCUACUCCUCGCUAUAACGAUAAUAUAAACAAAAGGAAAUCACGCAACAGAGCAAGGCAUGUCAGUUAUAGCCUUACACGUUUCUCUCAAGAUAGUGAGUUGGCCAGUCCUCUCCGUUCGCAUGAUGGCUUACGGACUUACGGGAAUCGGGCGAACAGCGACGAACUGCAACGAUCGAGAUCUUAUUCGAGGUGUGGAAGUCCGAGUGAAUCUUCAAGAUCCCGUUCCCGGACAAGAGAGGAAAAUUCCGGAAUUUUUUCGGGUGAUGAAGAUGAUGACAAAUCUUUUGCUUCAAGCCAUCAAAUAUCAAGCGAGCAGAGUCUGGGAUGUAAACUAGGAAUAAAUCUACCGUUUUCAACCGUCGCCAUCUCUGACCCCCUACAGAUGCUCGAAGACCAAAGUCUCUUGUACAGAUGUAAAUCGUCGCGCAGCCUGCAGCGACUGAAGCAUCGCAGUCUCAUCCGUCGUCCCACGGACGUCUCGUGGUGCCCCUGGAACAACACCGUCUACAUCACAGUGUCCCAGAUCGCCAAAGUGGUGAUGGUGAGUUGCGCUAGCGCCGGGCUGGGGUCCACUCUCCUCGGCGUCCACGGCUAUGAUCCUGGCCCACAGGAGGACCGCAUCCCAACGCUGCUGACGGAGGGGCGCGAGAGCCGCCCCCGUGCCUGGGGGGAACGUGGGGACGAGCCUGGACACUUGCUCUUCCCCAGCGCGAUCGCCUGCAGCCCUCUUGUCAAGGAGCUUUAUGUGCUAGAUAAACGGCGGUGCCGCGUGGUUGUGUUCUCCCUACAAGGCCACUUCCUACGGGAGUUCGGGUCUCGCGGGCACGGCUCGAACUCCUUCAGCAGCGCCGAGGCUCUCGCCGCGGACCACGCAGGCCUCCUCUAUAUCGCUGACACCUGCAACGACAGAAUACUGGUCCUGGACAGACAUGGCGCUGCGGUGCGCCAGAUUGGCAGCGCUGAGCUCCGCAUGCCCGCUGGUGUGGCCGUGAGCGGCAACAAACUCCUUGUCGCCGACACCGCCAACCACAAGUGUCGGGUUUACCACAGAACGUCGGGCAAGCUCUUGGCAACACUUGGCGGCCGCGGCAGCAACCAAGCGCAGCUCGAGUCUCCCGAAUGCGUCGCCGUUGACGCAUGCGGAUUCUUCUUGGUUGGCGACACUGGCAACAACAGAAUUCAGGUCUUCCGACCUAAUGGCAACUUCGUCAGGUAUCUUGGGUGCCGCAACGGCAAGGCUGGCGAGCUGAGCAUGGUGACGGGGCUUGCUGUGACGCCGUCACUGGAGGUGCUGGCAGUCGACUGCUGUCAGCACCUGGUGCUGGUCUACUGACCUGCUGCUGGUCUACUGACCUGCUGCUGGUCUACUGACCUGCUGCUGGUCUACUGACCUGCUUCUGGUCUACCGACCUGCUGCUGGUCUACUGACCUGCUUCUAGCCUACCGACCUGCCCCCUACAUCGUUGUAGCCGUAUUUGUACUUUCUUCUAAUCUCUUAACGUGAAAUGUUUAAAUCAGGCCAGUAAGUUGAUUAAUUAUUCAUAUUUUGGUUAUUGUGCAUCGAGUUCUCCAAUUUGCGUGUAAUUCGUGAGCUCGGAUGACGUUCUGAUGAAAGGGAGUAAGGAAAAUAUUGAAAAUAAUAUAGUUGUUUGUGAACACAUAAUUGCUCACUGUAAGUUAAUCAUUGAUCAAAACUUAUCCGUUUGCCGAAUUCCGGUAAAGGCACAAUUAAUUAUUGUGCAAGAAAAAAUUUGUUUGUAAUUCAGAUGACCAUUUUUUGUACCAUUUAAUUCUGAAAAGCAAUAACAAUAAUUGAAAUGGGUGGAAUUUUUUAGGUUACAUUUUCUUUUCUUAGUAGAAUUCAAGGUUGCCGUUUUCACGUGACAAAUUUACGUUUUUUUUUGCAAUAAACAAAUGUGCGAUUACGGCUCGCGGGGCUUGUGGUUGCUCUGAAGGAGAUUCCAUUAAUCAUUCACCUGUCCGAAAAUUACGGCAAAAAAAUGAUGUUUCUCGACGAAUCCUGUUUUGGUCUCUUCAUAUCCGCCUGGCCACGAGUCCGCAGUUUUUAUUUCCGACAAAACUCUGGAAAAAAGAGAAAUUUCUUUUUGCGAAUUCUUGGUACAUAAUCGUGGCGUGAGCGAGGCUCCAGCUGCAGCUGGAAAAUAUACGAAGGCUGGCGUGCAAUCAGCUGAAAGAGACGCAAUUUUAUUCAAUGAGUCUUUUUGCUCGUGAUAUGUGGUCUCAAUUUCGCUUAGUUUUGAUCCCUGGAGUGAGUGGCUCCGUAGAUUUCAGGCAUUAUUUUCAUCCUGAGAUGAGCGUUUCGUUAAUUUGUUCCAUGUGAAAGUGUUCCAAUGAAUUGAAAUAGUCACUAGCUUUUCCAAUAUUAAUUUCAUAAGCUGUUUAUGCAGCUAAUAUAUGAAACAAAAGCUUUUAACUUGAGCGAUAAUCACUAUUUGAAGUCUCUUGAGCAAUGGCUUAUGAUUGAAAGGAUGCUAAUUAUAUUUCUUUAUAUUUUAGUUCGGCAUUUUGACGAGAAGUGAUGUUGGAGAAAUCUUCGUUUGCGAAGACAAUAUUAUGUGCAUGUUAAUCGAGCUCACUGCCGCCGCAUUACCCAACAGUUCCUAUAAUGGGCAUUAUCUCGCUUUAUUAUAUAUUUAUAAAUAAUAUCCAAUAUCAUGAUGAUUGUGCCUUAUAAUAUCGCAAAUAUUCAUACUGUAUUAGUGAUGUAUUUCAAGACAACGGCGUACUAGAAAUCUUAACAUGUAAAUGUUUCUUUGAGCAAAUUGCGCACAGAAAACUCACAAGUUUCAUCCUUAAUGGCACUCGUAUCUAUUAUUAACGAGUUGAAGGAGUAAAGCCUAAAAAUAACGCUUUACCGAAUUGAUCUUGUUCAUUUGUAUGCAAAUUAGAACCGCCGCGUGUUGAAGGGAAUAGUUCUUAAAUAAAUUUUUGUUUCGCUGGUGGAAUAAUGUAGAUCUUGUUUGUGGGCGUUAAGUUGUUACAGGAAUGUUCUAAUUUAUUGUUGAAAAACACCAAAUGUCUGCGCAGAUUCAUCAGAGUGCAAAUAUCGGGUUUGAAUGAUUCGAAUUUUUUUAUUGUAGGAUUUCACGAAAAUGAUUUUUAUAAUAUACUUAUUGUAUAAUUGACUGUUCAGUGGGGAUUUUCUUCAAGUUCAUCAUUCGUGAUUAUAUAUAAUUGGUAUCAUUAUGAAGCAACUAUAAAAAGAAAUGAUUAUACGUCGUAAGAAGCCAUACGAAAACGUAUUUGUUUUCUCAUGUCAUUGCUCAAGCACUUAAUUCCAAUACGCAGCAUUUAGAUUUAAAUGAAGUUCCUGUGAACAAGUUAUUUGAGUCUUUAUUAGAGUCAGUUACCAACGAACUUUUCAGAUGGCUUCCUGUUACACUCUACUGAUGUUCACUAUUAAAAAAGUUCGGCAAUACC